AUGGACCCCGGGAGUGGAGCUCCAUUCGAUCCAAAGGCCUCCUGCCGCGCACCGGUGGUGCUGCUCUUCUUCGCUCUUGCAUCUGUGUGUGAACUCUUCCAUUGCGUGGUUCUGUUUUCACUGAAGUGGGGGUGCAAGUUUUCUGCGGAGGAAGAGCGCGUGGUGCUCGAGCUUCAGGCGCAGUUCGGGAACAAAUGGGCCAGGAUCGCGACGUACCUUCCCGGCCGGACGGACAACGACGUCAAGAACUUCUGGAGCACGCGGCAGAAGCGGCUGGCGAGGCUCCUCCGGGCGCCGAUGCCCCGCCGGAGGCCCGGCAAGCAGAGCUGCGGAGCUUCUUCCUCCCAUGCCUACGAGUUGCCCGCUCCCAAGAGUCCGUGCAUGGAGAUGAUCCCCUUCCAGGAGACGACGACGACGCACCGCAUCGGCGAGAGCAGCAGCAGCAGCCAGGAGCCAACCACGGCGAACCAGCACACCGCCGCCGCACAUUUCCCGGGAGCGUACGGCCUGCCGCCGCCUCCCAUCCCGCUACCCAUCAUGCACGCCGGAGCCGAACGCGGCUCGUCCGGCGCCUGUCCGACGACGGCUCUCCUGCUGCCUUACGGCAGCGGCACCGGGAACCCGGUCAACGGCGUUGACCCGCUGGUUUUCGUCGACCCCGCUGCCUCCCCGGAGCCGCUGGAGGUGGUGCCGCGGGGCCCGUUCUUCGGCCUCGACGACGCCUACGUGCACGCCGGCCGCGCGCUGCACGGGGACGUGGGUGGAGUGCGCUUCGAUGACCUCCCGCCGGAGACGUUCGACUUCUUCGAGCUCCCUCACCUGCCGGCGUUCCCACCUCCGUUCCCGCCGCCGCCUCCCUCGCCGUCCGACCAACUGUAG